UACCUCUCAUGAGGAAGCUGCAGACUGCUAUGUUUCCCCUCACAGUCUCCUCUUCUCCAGACUGAUCAAGCCAGGUGACCUCAGCCAUUCAUUCCUCUUAUGGCUUUGCAGCUACUCCCUCCAGCUGGCUGAGCAGGCUUUCCAAGUCUGCCUGAAUUUCUGGUUUAAACCUCUGCCUGAAGUCCCCAGGAAGCAGGCAGAGCAGAAUAUGUCCCAUGGGACAGUCACAGGGCUCCCCAGGUGGAUGGCCAGCACAGAGCAUGAGGUGAGCAAAGCACCAGAGGUGCUGCCUCUGACCCUGCACAGCAGGCUGGCCAACCCCCUGUGAACACAGGUCACCAGCCAAGCAUGCCAGCUCCCCUCCCAGAGUGAGCAGGGAGCUGGCUGGCAUCUCUAAGCAUUUCCAGGUGAGCCCUUUGUGCCUGACAGUCUGGUACAGGUGGUGUUAAUGGUUGGAGCAGACCUUGGACCACCCUCCUGGCUGGUGAGGAAUGCCAAGGGGUGCUGGCCCAUGAAAACAUAAAAGAGCAGCAUCGAGUGAGAGAGGAGGCACUGCUGCCUGCCCUGCAGACUGACCCCACUCCCAGCCACAGCUGAGAAGUUCACCAAGCAGGAAACUGGGCACGGGCAAACCUGCUGGCAUCCAGAGAAAGAGUAAAGCCAAGUGACCUAAAUCACUCAGUAAAAGGAGGAGACACUUGGCAGCUUGGCAGCAGUGCUGAUGAAGCCAGUAGCCUACUCUGCUUUCUCCAUUUGUUUGGCUCUCAUUUUGGCCAAAUUCCUUGGCAUACACAUCAGUUUUGUGAGAAGUCAGAAGAACCACACGCUAAUUUUCACUAAGGAAAACACAAUUCGCAACUGCAGCUGUUCCGUGGCUAUCCGUGACUGUGAUUACUGCCUGGCAAACUUGAUGUGCAACUGCAAAACAGUGCUGCCUUCUACAAUGGAAAAAACUACCUACAACAGCCACCUGACCAUCUGGUUCACGGACACCUCUGUGCUGGAGAUGGUCCUCAACUUCACAAGGGUGUGGGAUUUGAAGCUGUCCUUCUGUGGCACCACUCCUCUCCCAACGGAGUAUUUGGCCAUCUGGGGACUUCGAAAGCUCCGGGUAAACAAGGUCAAGGGACAAUUUCCAGAGCAGAGCAUAACCAUCUCCAGCAGCAGCAACAAUGACGGAGACUUGCUUGAGGUGCACAACAAAGACAGGCAAAUGCUUGCACAUAUCUCUUUUCUGGAUACCUCACUUUUCAAUGGAUAUUCAUUGCUGAAGUCGUACAGUGUGGAAAACGUCUCUAGUGUCAUGAAGCACUUUCCCAGCCUGCUGUACUCUGAUGUUUUCUCAACUUCAGACAACGAGAGCUAUGUUGUAACAUUCAUUUACUGAGUUAUUUAACACAGUCAGCAGUGAGAGGCAUGGGAGGCUGCUAAGAGUGAUGGGAUGCCUUUAAACCUGUCUGGUUUGUCCAGGAGGAUGUGUUAGGGGACUGUGAGACAACUCUACAAGGAGGUGUUUGAAGUAAGACACUCAGAUUAAUUCAGGAAACUCUUUCUUAAAAGUAAAUGUGAAACAACUGUUUUCCAAAGCAUUGUUAAAAUUUUUUUGUUUAUAUAUUCUAAGCUGAGAAUUGAAAUCUGCAGAUAGAUUUUGUUUUAAGGUUGUGCCUCAGUUAGAAAAAAGUCAUUUAGGAUUUAGAGAAACAGUGGUAUUGGACUUCCCUCUGUGAAGCAGGUAUUUCCCUGCCUCUGUCCUUUCGUCCUUAACUCACACAUAAUCUUUAUUUCCAGAUCACAGAAUACUCUGGGGUGGAAGGGACCCACAAGGAUCAUUAAGUCUAACCCUUAAGUGAAUGGCCCAUAUGGAGAUUUGUUGAACUAAACACCUGUGGGUUACUGGCACUCAGCCCCCAGCUCGAUGACUCCCCUCUGGACCACUGCAGCUGAUCCAUAUUUUUUCCAGGGAAAGGCUGCCACCUGCAUGAUGGAUGUGCUGAGACCUGCAGUUUCCCCAAAUGCAGGAAGCUUCAACUUUUGUGAUAAUGGCAAUCCCCCAUUACUGUGAGUUUUCCUACUGGAAUCAGCAAUGUAGGUUGUUUCCUUUGUCAGCACCUUGGCAACAAACCCUAAGCCUUUUUCUCCAAAUUACAAAUGUUUCUACUGAUACCUCUCAUGACUGUCUAUUACACACACAGGCACAUAACUCAUGUUAUCUGCCCAGGAACCCCUUAUCCAGCUGUCUGUGCAACAGAAGUAACCUUGCCUUCACAAACUAGCAACUCAACAAUCCAACAUUUGAUAGUGUUGUGUUAAAACAAACCACCAACCAAUACACACAAAUGUAUUUAUUUCUAAAUGUUACCAAGGCUUCCAAAAUCUGGAAAAAUGAAACUUAGACGAUCUUCAGCAAAGAUCUGCUGC